UGCCUUUGCCCGAGUUAUUUCAACGUUUUUCUGUUUGUCGGCAUGUUUUUUUGCCAUGUCGCCGAGGCUGUUUCUCAAAACUUCUCUGUCGAGAGCCCAGACUCCGCUUUUGUCACCCCUUCUAAAGCUGGCUUCGUGGGAGCUCUCCGUGGUGCUGAUCUCAUGCGCUCCUGUCCACGGUGCUGAAUUCCGAGGGCAGCGUUGGGGGCUGAGGUCAGGGGAGAGAAAGGAUUGGCGAAAGGCAUAACCCAAAGCCUGGACAUAUCUGACACACGAGCACCCUGGCCGACCCAAAAAUGGACAAGGGGAAGCUUACUCUUAUCUCAGGUGGACAUGGCCUGCAGGGGCCACACUCGACCCAGGGGCCUGCCCUGGGCCCUAAGACUGACCCUGGUGUGGAUCCUGCUGGGGUUCUGUGGAGGGAGCCGCCCACUCCCAGCUCUGUCCCGGAGACACCAUAGGCUGGCGACCGAUUUCGGCACAGUCCAGCUGCACCUUGCGGAGAUGGACACGCCAGAGGCAUCGGACCCUGGGGCGGUCCCAGAACGCUGUGGGGAGCCGAGCCCUGGGUGCGAAUCCUUCCUGGGACAUCUCCAAGCUGCCCUCCAGAGCCGCUUCCGCCUGCUGUUAUUGGGGAUACGCCAGGCGCAGCCGCUCUGUUCUGAGCUCUGCGAUGUCUGGUUUGCCACCUGCGAAAGUGAUAUUACCUGCGGCCCAACUUGGCUUCCAUUCCCAGAAAAGAGGGGCUGUGAGCCUGGCUGCGCUACCUAUGAGCAGACCUUUGCCGAUGGGGCAGACCUUUGCCGUUCAGUCCUGGGCUACGUGCUGCCGGUAGCAGCUCCUGGCGCGGAUCACUGCCUCAACAUUUCCAUCUCGGUACUGCCGGGUCGCAGACACGAACGGAGGGCCCGGGAAAUCAGUUUCCCACGGUCCCGCCGCUCCCGCACCUGGAUCCUGGAUGCUGCGGGCAGCGGGAGUGGUAGUGGAAGCGGCAGCGGCCCCUAGGGGGCGCUGGGCCUUGGAUGGAAGAUGCGUCCCUUACCCCCACCCGGCCCAAGACACCCAGAGCGCCACCCCUCUCCCUCUCCGCUUUCUAGUUUCCAAAGUCCUGUCCCUCCUUCUGGAGUCCCAGAGACUAGCCCUUCUCCAGGUUAUUAGAGAAAUAGCCCAACUCUAGCUCAUUUUCCCCUCUUCCCCCACUGAAUAAAGUCGCCAGCUCGAAAGCA